CCCACUAACAAAGGCGGAAUUUGUCGACAUGGCCUGAACGACUGACACCAUGGAGAUUUGAGAUCUUUCCUAGCACUUGAAUUGGAAAGGAAAAAGAUGCAUGAAGACACAAGGAUUGGCGUACCGAUGAAAUAUUGAAACGAAGCUCAAAAUGAAGAUACCGGAUAAAGAAAAGCUUUCUUCAAACUAUAAUAUUUCCGAGCAUGAAUCGCAAAUCGAUUUUUCUGUAUCUUUUUAUGAAUCUGACAGUCCUUUCACCUUAUCGAAAGUUGAGAAACAUGCAGAGGUUGUGUCCCUACAUACAAUAGACAGAGAGCGCGCUCCAAUAUUUACUCUUUCAAACCCAAUGAAAAACCUUAUGUUGGCCUUCAUUUUUUCUUAUGAGUUGAAAAAUACCAUGGCCAGACUAGGCCAACAAGCACAAAUGAAUCGUAAUUAUAAUGGUGACCAUGGAUCGAACCACAGUCAUAACACAAGUAUCAACGAUACAGGAGCAGUAGCUGACUUAAAGUCUAAAACGUUACAUUUUGAAUUACGUUUCGGAAACCCGUUUGAAGACCUAACAAUGAUUAUGGAUAAAAGCGCUAUUAUAUUUCGUGGAAGAGGAAGACGAUCAAAAGAGGUUUACGUGUUGAUGAAGCCAACAAUGCCAUUUACGUCAAGGCAGUUAGAAAGUUUAUCUGACUGCAUGAGAUCGUAUCUUAAGCGUUCAUCUUCGCAUUUUAAGAAUGACUUUCUUGAAGACGAAGUGAGAAAAAUAUCUGGGCGCACACCACUUGAAAUGGACAGAUAUGAAGAGGUGUACGUCAAUAAAAAUGACGCGAUGAAGUUGGAACAACAGCGUUUGAGUUCUUUUAUUUAUUGGGAUAUUUCAGGCGCAAAUCACGUACAAAACUUCGUUGAGGCUGGAUUUUACUGUAAAGAUCCAACUUUGCAAACAGUUGAAUGCUUUUCAUGUGGUCUGUCUCUGAAUGUCUCUGCUCUUAACGGCCGUCAUCCUCUUGAAAUACAUAGGGAAAGAUCAAAACAUUGCCAAUUCUUGCAAUCCGAACACAUUAGGCAACGGACAUUCAAAAAUGGUCCAACACAAAGAUUCGAGCCGUUUACGAUGAGUGGGCCAAACUUUAGUGGAGUUAAUAUUGAUGAAAAUGAACCCCUCAAUCCGCUUAGUCAGCAAUAUGAAGAGAAAGGUUGCGUUGGGACAAUAGAAGAUACACGUCGAAAGCAGCCGGAAUCGGAACGAAAACAUGCAUCCAGGAGUCAACAUGAGGAAAAGCUACAAUCCCGUCUUAGUGUUACUCAGCCUGAGCAUUCACAAAUAUCUCAGCCAUCUGAAGAAAGAGGGAAUAAAUCGGACGUAGAGACAGAUUCAGGAAGUGGACUUUUGGCUAUCUGUGACCAUCACGUUUCACACACCACAAAUGACUACUGUUAUAUUUCCCGUCGGCAGGAGAGCGCCGGGUACACACAGGAAUAUAAUGGAAUUGAAGGAGCGACGGCAGCAACAACAAGUUCAUUGACACAAGACUCGUCAACCCCACCUCCACGAAAUCCUUUGUAUGAACAUGAAGCUACCAGAAGAGAAACAUUUAACUCCUGGAAUGGUCGACAUGAUAUUGAUAGCCUGAUCGAGGCCGGUCUUUUCUAUACUGGGGACCAGGAUAUCGUCAGAUGUUUUUAUUGUGACAUUGGGCUUGCUGAGUGGAACAGAGAUGACGAUCCUUGGCAGGAACAUGCGCGACAUAGCCACGAAUGUCACUUUCUGUUGCGGGUCAAAGGUCAAGCCUAUGUCGACCAAGAACAGAGAGAAUGGUCCAAGGUGUAUUCUCCAAAACGUCCAGAACUCUCAGAUGUGAACGAAAGAUUUGAAACCUACAACAACUGGCCCAGUGAUUUCGUGGUACAGACACCACGUCAGUUAGCCAUUGCAGGGUUUUUCUUUACUGGUGUGACUGAUACAGUUCGCUGUCAUUAUUGUGAUGGUGGUCUCCGGGAAUGGGAGCCUGGAGAUAUUCCCUGGGUAGAACACGCGAAGUGGUUUCCUCAUUGCAAAUUUGUCCUGAAGAUCAAAGGCUUGGCGUUCAUCCAGCAGUGUGUCGCUAGUAGAAACGAAAUUCGUGAAGAUCCGUUACCAGAUAACGCACCGAUACAGAAUGAAGCUUUGAACAGGUUUAUGGCACCUUUUAGUAACGAGGAGAGAUACCGUGCGAUGGGAGAGAGAAACCCAAUGCAAACCGCAGCCGCUCAGGCGAUCCUCGCCAUGGGUUACACCACAGCAGUGGUCAGCAAAUGUAUCAACGAAUUCAUAUCAAAAACUGGUGAAAUGAACUUUGAAGCAACUGAUUUGAUGACUGUCAUACUGGAGAAAGAGGAUGAAAGCGGAUUAUCAGCAAGUGUUGACACAGAUGAAACAGAUGUCGUUGACGAUGAAUUUCGUUAUGAUGCUCCAGCAUUGCUUAAAGUCAACGAAAAGCUGAAAAUGGAACAACAGUGCAUCGACUGCAAGACUAGGAGCAGACGAACCCUGUUCCAACCAUGUGGGCACUUACUUUUAUGUGAGGUGUGCGCUGAGGAAUGUACGCGUUGUGUGAGAUGUGGUAAACAAAUACAGCGCAAGGAUAAGGUUUACCUGAGCUGAAAACUGUCAGACCUGCUUUCGUUGCAGUUUGCGUAAACCCUUAUUCUAUUGUAGAUUUUUAUGCUUUUGCGGAAAAGUUCCACAUCUGAAGUAACACAGCUACAUACUCUGGCAUAUAACUGAUGUGCAGACCAAUUUUUAGUGCACACACUCCAUUAGAUAUGGAGAAAACUCACAAAUUACUGCAGAGACAAAAAACAUCCAACUUACCUGGUCAACAGUGACCUUGCCCUUCGUAAAAAAAAAAAAAAAAGACAAAAUUGCUGAAUUGACAGAAGAAUAAUUAUGUAUAUAUUCCUUAAUUUAUAUCAUAAUAUACAUGUAUAUUUACUAUUGUAAACAUUGAAUAAAAGGAAACAAACAAUCCAUUUUAAGUUCAAUUGGAAUUUAACGUUAAUUUUGCAACUAUUUCACAUAAAUUUACGAACACAUUUACUCAGUAUUUGUAACAACUUUAAUGAAGUCACUAUAAAGUCUUUCAACGCUUCAUUUUUCACUUAAAUUCGCAAACACAUUAUCUUUAUCAGUGUAUCACUCAGUACAACACAUUUUUCUUUUUACUUAAAAAAAAGUCCGGAGCACAAUAUUGCGAAGAGCUACGGAUCUGGACAGCCUCCUCUUUCAUACG